AUGGAGCGAGUAAGGAAAACCUUCUUCAACCCUCUCGCAACCACGAAGGCCCAGGUUGAAAAGAUCCUGGAAGGCCUCCCUGUCGGCUCUGCACACCCUUUCAGCCCGGAGCAACUCCUUCUUUGUCGAACAGAAAAUGGCAUUGAGGAAAUCGAUAUCUCUUCGUACCCAGAGGACUUCUUUUUCAAUGCCGUGGACUUGAGCGAGACGGGUGAGAUCCUUUUAAGACGAAUGGCCGGCUUCCAGUCCUAUCUGAAGGUAUUUGACGACUUCCAAAUUAUGCAAGCACCAUCAUCAACAUUUAAGGUUCCUAUCGUUUCAGACCAGAUUACAAUUCUAGCAGUUUCUGAGCGAACACCCACUUACUACGACUUCUGCUUUGCGGAUGAAUCAUGUAACACAUGCUGCUGGCUUGCGAGAAAUACCUUCCCAGGUAUCACCCACAGCGGAGAUAUUCUCAAUGGACAGGAUCUCCUUGAUUAUGUGACGAUCAUCAAGGACACCCUAACAGAGAAAGAAAUCUGUGUGUUCAUCUCCGGCUACCGGUCUACGCUUAUCACAAGGUUCUUGGGAACAUACCCUGCUUUGCUAGUCGCCGAUCAUGUGGAUAAGGUUCUUUACAUCAUCCCGGUGCCCCUGGACGCAGCGACAAUCGGAGACGCAACCAUUUGUUGCCCUUUGGUAAUAAAACGCGAUGGAGAUUCAAUAAUCUGCUCGAUAUUACCAAGCGCAACCACGGACCGGGGCAUAAUGUGCAAUAGUAACAAGUUGGUUAGCCCUGCCUUCCCAGAAGCGAUAAAAUGCGCCGACUUCACUAUGCGCACUCCUGACCUAACUGCACGAAAAACAGCCCCAGUGAAUGAUUCAGUUGUAGAGGACACGGCGUCGAAUUCAGACAACCUGCGUAAGGUCAUUACCAAGGAAAAUGCCAUUUUCACUACCGGUUCAUCCGCUCUUCCUCCGUUCAUUGAUCUGGAGAAAACACAGAUCAUCCGGUUCGGCACUGGUCUUGAGUUUCAACUACCAGAUGAAGAGUCACACAUGAGAGAGGAGCCCUCCGCUAUUGUCCUGCCAUGCAUCUUUGGUACGGAGCUUCAAGGCCCAAUUCUACUCGCGACCGGAACAGUCCCUUCGAAUGUUCCAUUUCCCAAUGCAGAUGCCCUUCGGGACUACUACAAGCAACUCAAGAAUGCCGUGGUGAUCGUCGACGAACGAAUGACAGAUAAUGCCCGGAAUCUCGCAUCUGCCUACCGAAUCAAUGCACUCUUCAUCGUUCGACUCACUCCAGAAACAGAACUCAAGGAUACCAAUAAUGUCAUUUCGUUGAUGAAUUCCGCGAAUAUAAAUGCAGUGACGGCACUCGCAGGACCACAGUCCUUGAUUCUGGUUCAGAUCUCUGAGAAGUAUUACUUCUAUAGAGGCAUUGCCAAUCGGGCACACCUCAAUACGUCGGGACUAGCAUUUGGCUCGGAUGUAACCAGUGUACUCGAGUCUGUAGGCACCGGCUCCAUUCUCGAUCCGAGGAUAGAGCGAGUCAUUAACCUGGGCGGCGUCAAUUCUAUCGUCCUCCCAAGUACCGGUCAGUUAGUCCAGCCCCAAGAUCUACAGAAGUUGUUGGAAGAUAUUUCAAUCGACCAGAUCCAAAACUUGGAAGAAGACAUAUCUGCGGUAGUUCCACAGCUCCAGGUGCUUCUGAACCAGAAAGACCUACAAGAACUCUCCAGAAGCCUAGUGACUGCACUCUCCGCCAAGAUCAGCAACGCUGCAACCCCAUUAAGAGACAGCUACACCAGAUUCCUAACACAGGAAUACCGUAUGGAAGAUCCCAAAUCCGUGCAGAAGAAGAAUCAAAUGUUUGGCGAAUUGAGAAAGGUUACAAAGGACAUGCAAAAGGCUCUGGAGCCAGUGAUCUCAUGCCUGGCUAACAUGAUGUCGUCUCAAACGACUUCGAAGCGAACGCACGAUUUGAAGCGCCUUAUCCGCCAAACCACUAUUCAGAAGAAUGUCGAGGCAGUGAAGUCCAUGACUUUUGAGACUCUCAUGGGAUACCUCGAGGAAUACGCAGGAGAAAUGGGUGUUAUGCUUUUGAAUAUUGAGACGACGCACUAUCAUCAGCUUCUAGGUAACCUGAAAAACAGCGCCAUUGAUGCCAGCCAAUGUUGCGCCCUCGACUCGAGAAUCCUACACCUGGAAGGAUUCGAUGCAGGCAUCAUCAUGGAACAGUCACAAGCCAAACACAACGGCCCACUCAAAAGCACCCUAGGGCCCUGCCAGCCCAUCCUGGCGCUACCCUGUCUAAGCCAGUUAUCAGAAACCGGAUCAAUGUUAGCCUGGGUCUUGCGAUGGAUAGAGAAAUGCAAUGAACCGCACAUCGCCGCGCUCCGAAUUAUCAUGAGAAGCACGCUUAGCCAAGCAGUCGCGUCCAGAGAACAUGAUAUUCAGCCCAGUAGCCCAGAGACUGGCCAUUUAAUGAGUGCACUGUUAAUGGCCGCCAUGUCGAAACUCGCAGCGAUGAGGAUAUCUAAGCCCGUGGAACUAGACAAAGCCGAGGAUACUGUCACAAAGUUAAUGCGCGGACUUUUCGGUAAUCUCUUGACAAUCGCUGGCUCAGGAGUCCGUCCCCUCAGCAUGGUCUGGCAACUUUUCGGUACAAAUCCCCUGUACGACCUCCCCACAAGUUCGGCUGAGUGGAUCUGGUACGAAAACGUCGUCGCACUAUACCCGUAUACGGGCUGGCCACUCCGACAAUUCCACGAAAAUCUAGAAAAAUUCCUCGACAAAGCCGUCAUCAGGGUGGUGACUAAGAAUGAAAAUGUAGCCAGUAUCAAAGCAAGUCGCAUGGCUGAGCUGGUCAAGUUCUGUAAACUGAGGAAUAUCCAGCUCGCGCAUUCGCGCACUAUUAUUACCGUCUUCAUGCGCAUGCUUACAGCAGAGGAUAUUGAUAUCCAGCCCGUCGCGGCUCAGCUGCUCACGCAGCUGCCACAUAAACUGGAGAGACAGUCGCAGAGUUACACUAGGAUGAUUAGGUACCUGAACCAUCUCGCCGGGGGAGGCGAACGGUGCGUCCACGACGACCUCACCGCCGCGAACGUCUACACUUCCCGCUCCGCAGCCUUCGCGGAACUGAAGAAGCAAGUCUGCGAAGCAUGCAAGAGGAGUGAUUGGCCACGGAUGAAAGAAGCCUGCCAGGAGAUAAUGACGAAACAUAUCGAGAUCGCAACGCUGUGGCGCGUCAAGCCCGAAUCGCUGAAAAUCCAAAACAUGAAGUUGUACAAAGCGCUGUUAGCCGCGGAUUUCGACAGUCUUGACCAGAACACUCAGGCUAAGAACCUCCAACUUACGAGAUAUGUCUUCAGUGAUGCGGAGACUAAACGUGUUCCGUGGCAGGUUGGGAAGAAGGGUCAAUUCGGGGAUAGCAUCGAGCCUCUCGAUGAGGUCUUUCUUCAUGAGAUUAUGACCGGGGAAAAGUCAGAGCCGGCACCCCCUGCUACUGUGAAUGAAUUUCCAGGGGAAGAGAAAAAGGCCAUGAUUGAAACGGAAGAUGAAUUCGCGAAAUUCGAGUCAUCGUUGCGGGCGGAAUUCAUUGAGACUAUGCGGAAGGACCUCUCAGCCGAAGAAGUCUGCGACAUUAUCAACGUUCCUGUCUCCACGAUGCGUGUUUUCGUCAGGGCGUUGAAUCCAGAGUUCAUUUGGGAAGAUUUGGCAGUAAAUUUUAAAGGCAUUAUUCUGGAGUUGGUGAAGGAUCGAUCGAAUCGUGCGGAGAGUCGGCCUGUUAGGAGAUUGCUGCGGAUCAAGGUUGGGAAGAACUUGCAGAUCGAGGGGUGA